AUGGCUGAGGUUGGCGGGUUACCAUUUUCUCGCUUCCACGGCGAAUCGCCGGAGUCCCUUCACACCAUUCUCGUUGGCCAGGCGUGUGUGUUCGGAUGGAGGGCCAAGCUUUGCGUCCGGUGGUGGCGCACUCCACCGAUUCCACUUGCCCUGAAGAUUUUGAACACUUUCGGGAGAACACUAACAAUGGCUAAGGAGAUUAGCCGAGUCGUAUCCAAUCCCGAACGUGGUCGGUCGCUUGCCUUGGCCACCACCUCAUUCAAUGACAACAACAACAACAACAACAACAACCUGAAUCCUACCUGUCGAUUUUACGAGGAAUAA